AUGUUGGGGGAGGCUGUGAGGAAUGGCCGCAUUGCUCCACUGCUGGUAGGGGGAGAUCUUAUUGAACUGUCACACCUACAAUUUGCAGAUGACACUAUUUUAUUCUGCCCGCCGGAGACUGAAACAAUUGUAAACUAUAAGAGACUGUUACGGUGCUUUGAGUUGAUGUCUGGGCUGAGCAUUAACUUUGAUAAAUCGAAUCUGAUAUCGGUGAACUGUGAGCAAGGAUGGAUUGAUCAGGCAUGUGGACUGCUGGGAUGCCAACAAGCUUCUCUACCGGUUAGAUACUUGGGAGUUUCUCUAGGUGCGAAUCCGCGCUUGGUGAAGACUUGGAAACCAAUCAUUGAUAAGGUGGAACAGAAGCUGAGUUUGUGGAAAGCCAAGGUUUUGAAUAAAUCAGGUAAGCUGGUCCUUAUCAAAUCGGUGCUGAAUAGUCUCCCCAUCUACUACCUUAGUCUAUACAAGAUGCCGAAGGCGGUAGCGGACAAGCUGAUUGCUUUACAACGGAACUUUAUGUGGUGCAGGGAGAACGGAAACUAUGGUAUACCUAUGGUAAAGUGGGAGAUAGUUCAGGCUCCAAAAAAGGUUGGGGGAUUGGGGGUUGGUGAUGCAGUGCUGAGAAACACAACGCUUCUGUUUAAGUGGUGGUGGAGUUUUCAAAGGAGGAUUGCCCGCUGUGGAAGAAGAUUGUGUGUUCGUGUAAUAAGUUGA